GUGUGUCCGCUCCGCUAGGGGGCAGAAGUGGUCUGAUGGACGCAGUGAGGACGCAGUGAGGACUCAGUGAGGACUCAGUGAGGAAGAGCAGUGGGACACAACAGCGCCACUUUUGAGCGCUCGUCCACGUCGUCAACAAUAACAGAAGUUUGCUGCAGACAGUGGUAAGAACAAUGCCACGAAGAUAGAGCCUUCAGUUACAUGUGGAAGGUCAAAGAUGGUUCAAGACAAUGCUCACAUUCGGCGGCAGGGUGCCCAGGACUUUAUGGCAUACUAUGACUUUGCCUGUGCCAGACAGGACUCAAUCCCUCUCCCUGCUGUGAAGAUGAACCUCAACAAAGGGAUGCUAGACUUCAGUGGAGACAGGGUCAAACUCACAGACUGGCCACCCAUUAUCAACUCCAUCUGCAUCAACAAACACCUGCACCACAUUGCAAUAAGUAGCCCAUACCAAGCUAGUCUGGCUUCUGGAGAUGCAGAUAGAAGGUACUAUAAGUCUAGCUUCAGGAAGAGGAUCCCAGCCAUUCGCUCUAAGGACAUGACAUUUAAGUUGUGCAAGGCCCUGAGAGAGUGUCUGACUGUCUCUUCCAACCUCAAGACUCUGCAGCUUAAUGGACUUCCACUGAGGGAGAGGGACCUCAUCACCUUGACUAAGGGUUUAUCAAAAAGUGCUUCCUUGGAAAACCUAUCUCUGGCUAACUGUCCGAUCUCUGAUGAGGGUUUAGAGGUCAUUUGCCAAAGUGUGAAGUAUUCUACAAGCAUCAGGACGGUAGAUUUUACAGGAUGCAAUCUUACCUGGAGAGGGGCAGAGCAUAUGGCCAGCAUCAUCAAGCAUCAGGGAAUGCAGAGGCACGGUACAGCAUGGGCAGAGUCUCUGAGGUAUCGGCAGCCACAGUUUGAGGGAAUGGGAGGUCUCCGCCGUGUCACCCUGAACUGUAACACUUUGAUUGGGGACCGGGGUGCUUCUGCUCUAGCGCAUGAGCUGACGGAGGACCUCUGGGUUAAAGCUGUGGACCUACAGAGGUGCGGCCUGUCAAACGAAGGAGCUCGUCGUUUGCUGGAAGCCUUGAAAACUAAUUCUGCUCUUUGUGUGCUGGAUAUUCGUAGUAACCCUUUAAUUGACAAAGUCCUAAUUAAAACUAUACUAGAGAAAGUCCUGAUGAAUGCUAAUAAACAGUCUCCAGAGUACUGCUGGAUCAAGCCUGCAGCCUCAGAGCCACAGAGAGCUUCUGGUCCAAAGAGACGAGCACUACCCAGCACAGUCAGAGGAAAAACUACAUUUAGGAUAGCCCCUCGUAAAGGAACAUCUCCUGCAGGACGGAGUUCAGGUGCCGCUCAGACGCAGAAGCCCUAUUCCAGCUCCCGUUAUGUGCCUUGGCGUGCUGCUGCACGAGCUGAACGCCAGAGAGGUAUGCCUCCUGGAGUUUGUGUGAUAGAUCAAAGCUUUCAGGGUGCAGCUACGGUGAAGGUUACUGUUGAGUCGGAUUCAGAGGCAGAGGAGGAUGAGGAUGAGGAAGAGGAAGAAGUGGUGGUGGAAGUGGAGCAGAAACCAUCUUCGCCUCGUCUCCAGGACAGGAUCACUGGACGGAAGUUUGAACAUAUGCAGAUGGAGCUAAAAGAGUGUCGUCUGAGGCUGGCAGAGGAGCGCAGAGCCAGACUGAAAGCUGAGUCAAGGCUCAUGGAGUAUGAGUUGGAGAACGCCCGUCUUCGUGACACCAACCUGUCCCUGUCGGAGGCGCUCGCAGCCACCGGCUCUGCAUCAGCACCAGCUGCUCUCAGUGCUCUCGAAGACGAAGCCGUCCUCGAGAGCAUUGAGAGCUCGUUUACCAAGUUCCACGCUUUCCUGGAUCUCCUCAAGGACGCUGGCCUCGGUCAGCUAGCUUCAAUGGCUGGAAUUGACAAGUCAGAUUUCCCCCCUCCGGGAAGACCUCAGCUCUCCUCUACAGUGGGACCGUGUUUGGAUGCUGCAACAUCACUGAGUAAAGUGGAGUAUCGGGAUGUUCAGGCAAAGACUGAUGCUUCGUCUUUGGUAGGCCGCGUCCUGCUAGCUGACACCACCGCUCCCAGAUGUUCAUCCUCUAUCAGGGAGGUUUUGCGUGAAGACCGGCUACUAGAUGUGACCUUCCAUCAGGCCUCUGGCCCUGCAGCACACCCCGGCGUUGGUGGAGAAGAGGAACCAGAUAAAUAUUCAAAGCCCGACACCCAGCAUGACUCAGGUUCUGAGCACAGUUUCCGUAGCCAAAAAUCCUUGGAUAAGCUUUCCUUUGGUAAAACUUUUCAGACUCAGUCAAGCCAACCCAAGAGCAACAACAGCAACUCUCUCAGAAGCAACGGCUCUCAUGGAUACAGCUAUGCUCACAGUCAUUCUUCCCAUAGCAACGGGUCUCAUGGGGGAUUGUCUGUUAGAUCAAGUGUUAGUGAAGUCAUCAGUGACAGGGCAGACUCUGUGGAAUCUGUAAGGUCAAGGAACAGGGCAAAGGGAAGGCUAGUUACAGUAGGUCAGUCGGGGUCAGAGGGGAGAGCCUCUCCGGGGAGGCAGAUCAGGUCUCUGGGCGGUCUGGGGGGGCAGUCAGAUGAUGAAUCCUUCUGAAACAUGAAAAGCUCUGCCUCUCUGUGCCUUCUCCCUCUGUUACUUCUUAUUUAUGAUGUAGAUUUAUACUUCUCUUUUUUAAGUUUAAUUUUAAAAUAAUUAAUUAAUUUUAAAUCUUUGGAAGAAGCAAGACCAGAAGUCCAAAUAGUCGUUAUAGAUUGAGACAAAUGUGUCAAAAAAGCAAUGCAAUGUAUAUUUUUGUAUUUACAUUUUACCUUCUUUUUUCUUUUUUUGCAGACACAUUUUGCACUUGGUGAUAUGUAGAGUAAAACAGUUUAAUUCAGUAAGGCGUAAUAGUAGAUAUUUGGAUUUCCAAGCUAACCCCACCUCAAUCAAGUCUCAAUUCAAAUAUGCAAAUCAAUUUCUUCCCAUUGUGAUGUUGUUUCAUGUGGGAAUGCAUCAAGAGGAAAAUAAUCAUUUGAUUCUAUCAGUUUAAAAAAAUAACUGCUUGUUUCAUAUGUACUGUUACUCUUUUACGGCUGUUUUACACAAUUUCUUUUUUUAGAGUUUUUUGAUAGAUGUCUAAUUUGUCCAUUUAAAAAGAAUCUAUGAUGUAGAAUUGCAUCAUUAGUUGUUCUUGUUAGGAUACUCUACAUUUCCCCUAAAAUGUAUAUUUUUAAAUAAACGUGUUGGCAGUUUCAAAA